AUGCUUUGCGCUAUGCCCAUCCGGGCUUUCGCCUUCUCCAUCGCCUCCCAUCACGCCUUUCAGCCCAACCCCUCAAUAAACACAUCCACACCGUGCACCUUGGCUUCGAACAUCACGUCGAUAAACCGAUACUCGGCAUCGCUCGGGCAAACUACACAUCUCAUGCGCUUCUCUCACUAUUGA